UCAACACAGAAAAUGGCUAAAACUUUCACGAUUGUAUCAGCCUAGGACAAGGAGGUUGCCACUCUUGCCUUUUCAUGGAGCCAUACUACGAUGUCAGAAUCAGGAAGACGUAGCGUCAGGUCCCGCAAAGUAUCAAAGCGCAUCAGCACCGUCAGUUUAGCAGAGCGCGAGAGUGCUAGAAACGCACGCCUUGAUGCCCUCGAAGACGAUGAUGCAACUGGGGAGGGCAUAGUAGGCGACAGCGAUGAGGAAUUUGUCAUCCAAGACUCUGAUGAUGACUUGGAGCUUGGAGUGUCGGCCAAGAAGCGCGGGGACAAAAAGAAGGGCCCAAAGCGCAAGACGCGCGCCAUGCUGGAGGCGGAGCGCAGAGGCCCCAUCACCUUCGCAAGCCUCCUGGAAAUGGCUGGAGAUGCAGAGGGAGGGCCGGCGAAGGAGGCUGAGGUGAUGUACACAGCUGCGGCUGUGGGGCCGCCGCAGCACAAAGCUACGCGCAAGUGGUGCAGCGUUUGCGGAUUUGCGGCGCCGUACAAGUGUGUCCGAUGCGGAUCGCGCUUCUGCACCAGGAAGUGCUACGCUGUGCACAUCGAGACGCGCUGCCUCAAAUUUGUGGGCUAACUUCAGCCCGAGCAGUAUGUGGUUUCUCUUCUCUGGCUCGCAGGGACCUUCAAUUUGGACUAAGCAACUUUGGUAUAAACGAUUGAUUUUCAAGUUGACGUACUUCAGUUGUUGGGUGCUCAUUUGAAGGCUGGCUGAGGUAAUUUGACAUGCAAAGAGUGCUGAGAUAUGUACAUUGAGAAUUCUAUACUUCCAGUGCAAUUUGGCAUUUGUGGUAUAAGAGAAUUGUGAUGUCUGGACUGUGGAUGCAUUCGCUGCGUACAAAUCGCAUCCAUGCAACACUGUGACGAUUUGUCAGAC